AUGGGCCCCAAGACCUCCGGCGGAGGCCGUGGCGGCUCGACGUCGUUUGACGUCGCCUCUGCCCGGCGCAAGGGCGCCUCUCCCGCCGCCAAUGGCCGGAGCGAUGCCAUACACCAGAAGCGCACGAAGCUGCAUGCCGCACGCAAUGUCCCCGCGCAGCCCGCCGACGCAGCGCUCAAGGAUGGCGAACUGGACCUGCAAGCCUUCAUCGCCGCGCGCGAGUUCGAAAUCAAGUCUCUGGAGCAGAGCAUGGCCACAUCCAAAGCCGUCAGCACAAGCCGCGCCUUCCAAAAGGUACCCCGCGGCCUGCGCCGGCGCACUGCGAGCCACAACCCGAAGAGGGUUCCCCGUCGACUGCGAGCUCGAGCGAAGAAGGAGAUGGCCGAAGAUAAUACACCAGUCGUGGAGCCUAGGAGGAGGAAACCGAGAACCACCAAGGCACGGAUACGAGCCGAAACGGCAAAGCGAAUUGGCCUGUUGGCGGCGAGGAAACGGCGGGAGAAGUUGAAGCAGGCGGCGGAUCUUUCACGAGACGGCAAAGCGGCUGAAAUUACAGGCGUCGUGGGACGCAAGCCGAGACCGAAGAUACGGCGGAACCAACUCAACGAACCGCCAAAGCCUCAUGCCAAAUUUCGGAGACGCCAGAUCAACAAGACCUGGCUGCCGACGCAUCUAUGGCAUGCCAAGAGAGCACGAAUGACGGAGCCAAAAGACCCGUUAUGGCGGUUUGCGGUACCGCUUACCCCCAACGAGAAGAUAUACCGACCUACCCACCGAUCGCAAGGCGAGCGGGGCACGAUGAUCUGGGACAUGAGCUACAUGACCACCAUCGGGCUGUAUGGAAACGCCGCAGGCAUCGAAAGAGUGUUGAAAAGGGUCGGCAUACUGGAAGAGUCAUGUUGGAAUGAAAGAGGUAGACGGUGGAGGCUGGGAACCAGAACAUGGUGCGGCAUGCUGAGCAAGUCGGUGGGCGACAGUCGACGCCAGAUGUGCCCAGCCACCGUACUCUGGAACCCUCAAACCCCGGAGUCCAGCGAUGGCGAGGACUCGAAGAGGAAGCAAAGGCAGAUAUUCCUCAGAGUUCACCCGUCAGCAUUCCUAGAGCUCUUCAAUGAACUCUUGCGGCUCACAAAGAUGGAGAAUCCACGACUAUAUAUCGAAGACCUCCGCUUCGAGAUUGGCAGUAUCGAGCUGACCGGAAGGAAAGGCGAGGUGGGAGACGGCUUGGCUUGCGACUUUGAGCUGCUCUUCGGCCUCUCGAAGGCACAACACGAAGAGCCGACACCAUCAGAUGCAGUCGUUGCGGAAGGUGAUGCCAUGGAUAUUGAUCGAGACGAGCCACUGGCGUCGCGAAGCGACAUUGGGACGCACCCUCUCAAGCUCUUGCGACACAUCAGCAAGGCAACGUUCGACGGCCUGAUCGCAUCACCAAUGACUUCCAUGGAUACGCCAAACGCCACGAUGAAUGUCAAAAUAUCUCUCGUCGCCCGUGGAGUCGUCUCAACCUGCGCCAGGAUAUAUCGACUUCCGUCAAUGCCAUCACGCGUUGCCAGUUCCGCCACGGCAGAAGUACCAUCGACGCUUCCGCCGAACAAUCCGCACGCGGUCGCCCUUCCACACGACCUCCGAAAUCAGUGGCUUGCUCUCGCCGACAUACAGUCUUCUAAACGACUACAGGGAUCGAAACGCCCCUGGCCCACGGACAUGGAAGCCCGAAAGCGACGUCUCGCCGGAGAACUCAUCAAGCAACACAUCCCCUACCCCCUCGAGCCACCGAACCUGCGCCAUGUCGGCGGCCACCCGCUGGUUCCGGAUGCAGAUGACCUGAUAGGGUUCGUGACGGCGGGAUCGUACUGCCUCACAGACGGCCGAGGCGCAGCCAUGGGCAGCAUAGCCGCCAGCAAGGUACUGGCGGAUGUGAGAGACAACAAAAAGGAAGGGAGACUCUGUAUUGUCAGAAAUGCCGGCGAGAACGUAGGCUGGCUCGCCCGGUGGGAUGUGCUAUAA